AUGCAUAUCAAACGAGUUGAAAUCGACGGUUUUAAAUCUUAUGCCCAGAAGCAAGUUGUCGAUAACUUUGAUCUGCAAUUCAACGCCAUCACAGGGUUAAAUGGAUCAGGAAAGUCGAAUAUUUUAGACUCUAUUUGUUUUGUAUUAGGGAUCAACGACCUGAAAUGCAUUCGAGCUGAAAGUAUGAACGCUCUUGUAUAUAAAAGUGGACAAGCCGGUGUAAACAAAGCCACUGUAACAAUAACAUUUGACAAUAAGGAUAAAACUUGCGGACCUUUAGGUUAUAGUAGCUAUGAUGAAAUUAUUGUGAGGCGGCAAGUUGUUGUUAAUGGAAGAAACUCUUAUACGAUAAAUGGUAGUGCGAUCACAAACGCUAAGGUUUCUGACUUUUUUCGCGGAGUUGGACUUAAUGUCAAUAACCCCCAUUUUCUGAUUAUGCAGGGUCGUAUCACAAAAGUCUUGAACAUGAAGCCCCAUGAGAUUUUGGGUAUGGUUGAAGAAGCAGCUGGAACAAAAAUGUACGAAGCUAAACGAAUUUCUGCUCUCUCGACAAUUCAAAAAAAAGAAGCCAAAGUUGAUGAAAUCAACAAGCUUCUUCAAGACCAGAUCAAACCUACUGUUGAACGUUUAAAGGCUGAUCGUGUGAAUUAUAACGAAUGGAAAAAAUGUGAGAGAGAUAUUGAGAGUGCUCAAAGGAAAUUAGCAGCAUUUGUUUAUCAAGAUAGCUUGAGAGCUUCUGAGCAGUUGGAAGAACAGAGCAAGGAAUUGUCUCAAAAACUAAGAUCAAUGGAAAAAGAAAUUGAAGGCUUAGAGAGCAAAAAAAUGGAGUUAAUGAAACUUUUGGAUGAAAAGGAGCAAGAAAGAAAAAUGAAAAAUAAUGAAGAACGGACAGACAUCGAUGGUGUUGUGAAAAAUGCCAAAAGUGUUUUAGUUGAGAAAGAAGCUGAAAGAGACAGCAUAGCUGAAGAAUUUACCAGUAAUAAGAAAGAACUGGAAAGAUUAGAGAAAACUAUUGAGUCCGAUAAAGCCGAGAUGCUGAGAAAUCAGGCUAAAUUAAGAGAGCAAGAAGGAAAGUUUGGCAACAAAGAAGAACUUGGAAGCGCUGCGGAAGAAGCUGUAAAACAAGCUAAACAUAAAUUGGAAGUUUUGGCAAAAGGAUUAACUACAAAUGAUAAAGGGGAGGCGGUUACGCUUGAGGCUCAGAUAACAGCAACCAGGACCGAGUUGAGUGAAAUUCAAACUGCUGUAAAAACGGCAGAAAUGAGGCAGAAAAAAUUACUCCCAGAGUUAACUCAAAAGAAGAAAGAGUUGCAAACUUUUUCUAAAAAAGAUUCUGCGGGCGCGAAUGAAAUGGCUACACUAGAAACUGAUAUAAGAUUAUGCCAGAACAAUAUGAAAGCUAUUAGUUAUAACCCCGAGGAGGAUAAUAUAAUGCAGGAAAAGCUCCCUGUUCUGAAACAGGAAUGUCAAGCUUUGAGUCGUAAAAUGUCAGAUAUUCUCAACCGAGAUGCAAGACUCGAGUUCACUUUUACUAAUCCCCAUCAAGAUUUUGAUAGGGAUGCUGAAAUACAUGGAGUAGCUUGUACUUUAUUCAAAGUGAAAGACCCUAAAUACGCUACUGCUGUAGAGACAGCAUUAGGAGGAUCGCUCUUCUAUGUUGUUGUUGCUCGUCAGAAGGUUGCAGCUAUGCUUGUAGAUAAGGGACUUGUUCACUCUCGCAGAACUUUCAUCCCUCUUGACUCACUCAAUGUCAGUUCGGAUAAAAGAGAAUUCCAAGCUAAAUUCAAGAAGGCUCAAGAAAUAGCAAGAAGACAGGAUCAGGACAUCCAGCUGGCAAUAGACCUCAUUGAAUAUGAUCCAAUUUAUCAACAAGCUAUGGAAUACAUGUUGAAUGGAAUCCUAGUUCUGGAAGAUCCAAAAUUGGCAAGUGACAUCACUUACAAUGCCGACAUCAAGCUCCGCACUGUUACAACAAGAGGGGAUGACAACAGACCUAACGGAACAUGCAGUGGAGGAGCCCUAGAGAAAAAAACCCCUUUGCUGAUGCACCUCCUACCAUAUCAAACCUAUAGGAAAGAAUUGAAAGCUAAGAAAACUGAAGUCGAAGCUAUAUCAAAGAAAUUGCUUGAUAUGGAUUCCGAAAGGAAGACAUAUUUCAGUCUAAAAGAUACGUUAGACAAGUCUGUUGGACGACUGGAGUCUUUAAAAGAGAGUUUAAAGAAUACCCCUCUCCAAUUAUUGAAGGAUGAAGUCGAAGCUAUAGAGAAAGAGCUACCAGAAUGCCAGGAAACUAUUCGAAGCAAUCAAGAUAGAAUAAAAGAGUUGAAUCAGAAAAUAAAAGAUUAUGAAUCUCGAAAAAAAAAUGAGAAGGCGUUCCAGGAGAAUGAGAAGAAAAAAUUGACAGCGGAACUGAAAUCUGCCGAGACUAAUUUAGAUAAACUCAAGUCUUCCUUCGCGGAAGCUAGAUCAGCGUUGGAUAUUCUUCGAGCUGGAGUGGAGCACUUACAACUCCAAAUCCAACAAGAAAAAGUAGAAGUCGAGAGUAGAAGUGAGGAAUUGAAAAUAUUAACUGAUAAACAGAAGAAUAAUGAGAAGGAGUUGGAAGAUGCAAGACAAGAAGUACGGACAGCCGAAGCGGUUCUCGAAAAGUUCUUAGGGAAACUUCGGCUUUAUGAUAAGGAUAUCAAGACGAUUCAACAACAAAUUGAUGAUUGUAAGAAAAAGAAGCUGAAAUAUACGAACGAAAUUGCUGUACUGGAGAGGGACAUUAAGAAGAACGAACAUGAUGCUGUGCUAUUCAAGAAAACGGCUAAGAAGGAGUUGGAAAAGAAUGCCUGGAUAGACGACGAAAAAAUACAUUUUGGAAGAAAAGAUACAGAUUAUGACUUCACAGAUUACAACGAUGUAAAAGGAUCAGCACAAAUUCAGUCCAUCCAGGAGAAGAAGAAAAGUUUGGAGCAAACUCUAAACAUGACUGCCAUGAAUUUAUUGGGAGCAGCCGAGGAAAGGUUGAUGUCGCUUGUUCGGAAGAAAACUCAAAUAGAGAGCGACAAACAAAAGCUGCUCGACACUAUUUCCUUAUUAGACAAAAAGAAAGAGGCCGAGAUAAUAAAGGCACAUACUCAAGUUAAUCGGGAUUUCGGAAAUAUUUUCUCAACACUUUUGCCUGGGGCUGGAGCGAAGUUGGAUCCUCCUCAAGGCAAAACUGCUCUGGAAGGGUUAGAAGUUAAAGUAUCUUUCAAUGGAAAAUGGAAAGACUCUUUGAACGAGCUGUCUGGAGGUCAGCGGUCGUUGGUAGCUCUCUCAUUGGUGCUGGCUAUGUUGAAGUUCAAGCCAGCGCCCAUUUAUAUUCUGGACGAAGUGGACUCUGCCCUGGACCUAUCUCAUACUCAAAACAUCGGUCAUAUGAUAAAAAAGCAUUUUACAAACAGUCAGUUCAUUAUUGUUUCGCUAAAGGAAGGAAUGUUCAAUCAUGCUAACGUUCUGUAUAGAACAAGGUUUGUAGAUGGAACAUCAAUGAUUACCAGGCUUGAAAACAAGAAUUAA